CCGUCCAGCGACAGGCCGUGCCGCGCCGCGCCACCUCGCUGCUUGCCAGCGCGUCCGCGAGCUCGUCGCGUAGUGCCCGUCAGCGUAGUGUGUGAGUGUGUGUGUGUGUCGGUGCCUCACCAGUGUGUCAACGCGCCAGUGUCUCUUUCGUGUGUCCUCAUGGUCGGCCAGGAUGCGGCCGCGCCGUAGGCAGAGCCGGCGCAGCCCGUGAGUGCCUGCGAGCCACACGACGACCGCAGCGGGCGUAUCGCCGGCGCCAUGUCGUCCGCGAUGGACUCCCUCAUGAGCACGGUGGACACCAUCACCAGCGCCGACUCGGACGACCCGUCGUGCGCCACGUGCACCGCCCCGAUGGACGCGCCCGGCGGCUUCGUCGCCAAGUCACCGCCGCCCUCGCCGAAGGACAACAAGCUGGCCUCGAGCGCGGUGUCCACGACGCCCGCCACCCUGCCGCCCCUGCUGCCCUGCACGACGGCGUCCUCGCUGCUCACGGCCUCCAGCAAGCUCCAGUCUAGUCCUACCAACACGGCCUCCUCGCUCAAGACGCGCUCCCUGGACGGCCUGCUCAACCCGGGCCUCGGCCACCACACCGGCCACCACCUGGACGCCACCUCCACCACGACCACGGUCUCGGACGCGUCGUCGGGGCGCGCCGGCCGCGGCAGCACCAGCGACGAGAACGCCUUCCUGUUCCUCGGCUGCGUGCAGGCGCUGCUCGGCGUCCUCAUGGCCGUGUUCGGCGUCCUGGCCAUGCUGCACAGGGCGUCCAUGUCCAACGUCGGCGCGGGCGUGUGGGGCGGCGCCGUCACCUUCGUCUCGGGUGUGGUCGGGGUGAUCGCCGGGCUCCGCAGCUGCUACUCCAGCUCGCUGCGCGGCGGCUCCGGCUCGGGGCGGCCGCCCAUCGCGCCCACGGCCUUCAUGGCGCUGUCGCUGGUGUCGCUGGCCGUCGCCAACCUGGUCCUCGUGCUGGCCGCCAUCGGGCUGGUGCGCGACGCCCGCACGCCGGACAUACAGCUGCUGCGGGACCGCGAGGACGCCGGCGACGUGUCCGCCGAGGAGGCCAGCCUGGGCCCCGGGUCCAGCCACUGGGAGCGCGUGCUGGCGUCGUGCGGGCUGCUCGUGGCCUCGGGGCUGCAGCUCCUGGCCGCCAUCGCCAGCGGCUACCGCUGCUACCGCCUGGUGUGCCCCUGCGCCUCCAGGACGUCGCGGCGGCAUUCGCCGCUGUACAACCAGCGGAGUUCCGGCUCGCCAGACUCGCUGCACUCCGUGUCCGGGCUCUACUCCAGCGGCUCCAAGGAGCGCCUGGUGAGCCGCUGGCUGACCCGCCAGGUCCCCAACGGUGUGGGCCCCAACGGCCCCGUGUACACCGGCUCGCCCACCCCCAGCGGGCUGCUGCUGUUCACCACGCAGCCGCCGCCGCCGGCAGGGAGAGACGGUCGAACUCCCGGAUUCACUGCCAUCAGUCCGGGCCACCACCCCCAGACGGUGUACACGCUGACGCAGCCGCCAUCGCCGGGGCCGCCCUUCAUGGCGCCCACCUACCCGGGCGGCGUGCCGGCCGUGCCCUACUACUCGCACUACAUGAACCCCGUGGCGGGCCACCCCCGCGCGCGCCCGCACCGCCAGCACCGCGCCCAGCAGCGCCACCACCACCUGCCGACGCUGCCGUCGGACGAGCGGCUGCGCCGCGACCGGGAGCGCCGCCACCACCGCGACAGGCCGGCCCAGGGCAGCAAGCAGGCCAAGCCCCCCAAACCCAAGCCCGUGACGGAGGCCGACGUGGCCAGGACGUACACGGGGCUGGACAGGCGCAUCGCCGAGGAGUUCAUCAUGGCCAUGGACCGGCCCAGGCAGCGCGAGCCCCGCGACGACGACGAGCCGGCCACCAGGGUGGACUGAGUCACCGAGUCGGCGCCCAGCAGUGCCGAGCGAGCCGAAAAGACUUUCUUUUUAAAGUGAAAACAGUGACGGCGAAAUUUGAAUGGAGUCAUGGACCAUGUAAUGUCGGUAACCGAGGCCAGUUUGAUCCCCGAAAGGGCUUUAUUGCAACCGUGAGACCAUGAGGUGGGCAGAUGCGCGGCAUUACAUGCUCCAUGACCUCAGGUCAAAUAUUUGUUCAUAUCACAAAAGAAAGCAAAGAGUCCCAACACUAUUUUAGAUUUUAAUAAUAAGACUGUCCAGUAUAUUUAAAUUAUUCAAAGCGAGUGGUUUUAAAGUCGCAAAGGGAAAAACCAGUAUCAUUAUUUUUAAUGCGUUUUGUGUGCCAUGUUCAUGGAAGAGGAUAAAAAUGUUUCUCUGUUGUAUUUGAGCAGCUCUAAUUUCACACAUUUCCUUGCCAUAAGAAUCAGCCCUUUCUUGUUAGUUCCCUUCUGCUAUGUGAGGCUCUUAGGAACUUGAUCUUCCAUUGUGUAACAUAAACACAAAGUAAUGUUUCAUCUGUGUCUUUCCUUGUCUAUUUAAAAUAAUAUUUUUGUGAUACAAUUUACUUUUGAUGGUAUACUUUUUCUUUCAGACCUUAUAAUGUUCCAACAUCAGCUCAACUUCUAUUUUGAAUUUUCUACCAAGUUAUUUAUGAUUACAUGUAAAUAAAUAAAUCUAGCAUAUAACUUGUGAACAGUACCAAACAUAACGCUCAAAAAUUGUGAGGUACAACUUCACUCUCUUGUAUGAUAUGUAAAAUAAAAGCAAGACAAGACAAUAACUGAUUUUUAAAAAAAUAAUUGGACAUGUAAACUUGAAACAUAUGGUACUUGAAUCAAGGUGCCUUUUGUAGUUCAAAUAAGUGAUGAACUGAAUGUAUUUUUCUUUUUAUUAACGGUGUUUACAGAAACUGUUGAUACUACAAAUGAUGGUUUAUAUCCAGAAUGCACACAGCUGAUGUAUGUACAAUAUGUAACAUACUUUUGUAAAGAUAAAACUUGUAAUAAUAAAAUCUUAUUUCAUACAAAA